AUGGACGAACAUGACAACCACUAUAAAGGAAAGAAGGCAAAGAGUAUGCCUCAAGAAAAAGAAGAAAUGCAGGUGAAGGGACCGUGGACAAGAGAAGAAGAUGAAAAGCUCCGGACUCUUGUUAAGGCGUUUGGGCCAAAAAGGUGGACCUACAUAGCAAAGAAGCUAGGGGGGAGAGUAGGAAAGCAGUGCAGAGAAAGGUGGCACAACCACUUGGACCCAAACAUAAUAAAAACUCCAUUUACGUCGGAGGAGGACAGCAUCAUUCUUUCUUUGCACAGCAAGUAUGGAAACAAAUGGUCAGACAUUGCGAAGCACCUUCCAGGUAGAACAGACAACGCCAUAAAAAACCAUUGGAACAGCAGCAUGCAAAAGAAGGUUCUGAAAGCAAAAAGAGCGAAUAGUGUGUCCGGAGACUUUAUUAGCGCGCACGCGGAGUUUCGAGAGAGCAGAAAGUUUUUCAACGAGGACGGGCUGGAGAGCAGCUGUCCCCGCAGAAGAACCUCUUCUGUUUUUAUUCCUGCUCAGAGAAACGACAGUCUGCUGAAUGCGCUGGCACAAUCAGCAUAUAACGAACUUUUAAAAACAAAACAGAUGUAUUAUAGUGAAGGGCGUCCUCCCCUGCAGCGAUGGAAUAUUCCUCUACAGACCAUACAAAACGUAAGUGCUGAUCGAACCAAAAAAAACUCAUCCGAUGAAGAGGAGGUCAUGGCCGGGCUGGUCCUCUUGGCCACAGGCGAAAAAUAUUGA